UUUGAGCACUUGGCCAUGGCAUUCAGCGGCGGCCAGAUGCUCGCUGCCUUCACCCUGGGCUUUCUUCUCAUGGCCUUCUGUGCGGAGGCUCGGGUAUGCAUGUCCCCUAGCAAGUUCUAUAAAAGGAGCCCUUGCAAGAACGUGCGUUGCACCGCGGCCUGUCACAAAGAGCACUUCAAGGGUGGUUACUGCUCCAGUAAGAAGUCAAUUGUAGGCGACGAGCUCAAGGAAGACAACGACGACAACCGCUUUCGCAAACCUCCUAAGAAAACGAGGUGCAUCUGUACAUUUCCAUGCGGCUCUAAGGCCCCACCACCACCGUCAGAACCUGAAGUGCCAGAGCCACCGGGUGAACCCGUGGUGCCGGAGCCGCCAUCCAAAGAUCCUAAGAAGAAGCCGCCACCGCCGCCAUAUGAACGUGGCAUGCCGGUGCCGCCCUCGAGAGAACACAAGAAGAAGCUGCCGCCAGCUGCCGACCAGUGAGCAAAUGGUCUAGUCCGCCUAUCCGAGGAAAAUGAUUUUAAUAAGAGAGGA